CACAGGGUCUGCCUGCGCGCUCCCGUGCGCGCUCUCUUCCUGUCUGCUACCCGAGCUAAGAAAAAUCCGUGAGUAUUCGCUGACUCAGUGCCUUAAGCAGCAUCGCCGUUCACCCGAACAGAGAUCCAGCAUCUUCUACGACGGAGACAGGAACUAAAAACUAAAACCACCAGCCAUGGCCAAGACAGCAACCGCAUACAAAGAGAAGAUGAAGGAGUUGUCUGUGCUGUCCCUCAUCUGCUCCUGCUUCUACCCCGAAUCUCGCAACAAGCUAAUGUGCGAGUUUGAAGACAUGGAGGUGAAGCCUAUAAAGAAGCGAACCUCGGGACAGGCCUUUGAGGUGAUUCUCAAGCCUCUGUCUCCGGUGUCAGAGGUCGCCCACAGCCUGCCUUCCCCCCCAAAGAGGGAUAUCUCUUUGGAGGACAUUGAGAAGAAGCUGGAGGCUGCUGAGGAGCGGAGGAAGUACCAAGAGGCGCAGGUGCUGAGAGCUUUGGCAGAAAAGCGAGAACAUGAGAGGGAUGUGUUGCUAAAAGCCAUGGAGGAGAACAGCAACUUCAGCAAAAUGGCCGAGGAGAAGCUCCAAAUGAAGAUGGAGCAGAUCAAGGAGAACCGUGAAGCCCACAUGGCAGCCAUGAUGGAGCGCCUACAGGAGAAAGAAAAGCGUGCCGCCGUGGUGCGCAGGAACAAAGAGCUGAGGGAAGAGCUGAUAGCAUGAGCCGCGCACAAGUCCUGACUUCCAUGGUCCCUCCAUCCACACACCGUCAUCCUGCCCUCAACCUCUCCGAAACACUCAACCCCGAAAGGCCGAGAGGCUAGAAGACCUCUCCACCACAUCACUGCACACACUGACACCAGUACCCACCACCACCAGUAUUCUCAUUGAUACAUCACUCUGUUCAAUUCAGUUUCAUGAAUGAAUUUGUUGAUUUUAGAAAGAAUGUAAAACAUCUAUCUAUCUAUCUAUCUAUCUAUCUAUCUAUCUAUCUAUCUAUCUAUCUAUCUAUCUAUCUAUCUAUCUAUCUACACUCUCAGACCUUUUCUUUGUCGUUAAUCGCUGUUUCUGAAUUUUGGCGGCGUUUUUCUCGUGAGAGGCCUCUGUGUUGUGGGUUGGCAGGCAGGCGGGCAGUUUGAAUUCUUUCCUAAUGAUGUCACAACGACGACGACCAUGAUGAUGUGUCUGUGUAUUUUGUGAAGAACGAUAGCCGGUGUAACCCUCCCCUACAACUCUUCAUAAUAGCAGAAAAAUGGAUCGUUGUUUAUAUACCACAUUUCACUCAUUCCCAACAUGCAAAGUCAAGGGAACUCGAGGGUCGGCCGCAGAUCCGCGCAGUGUCCAGCCUCUGAAAGCAAACUUGAUAAUUAUCGGUGCUUUAUUAUUGACAAGAAUGUGUUUUUUUGGCCCAAAAUAGAGUUUUGACAUUUGCAUAUUCCUUCUUUCCCUGACAUUUUUCAAUGAGUUCAUUGUAUGCCAAAUAAACCGCUCUGCUAGGAACACAGUAUUUGGGGAUGAAUCUAGCAAAUUAAUGAAUGUUAUGAUAGCAAACUGGUAUCAUGCAUAGUGUCUUGGAUAGUGGAAUGUGCUGUUGCUUCCAUCUUGAUAUAGAUAGUGUGAGUAUAAUGUAUGUCUGUGUGGGUGUGUGUGAAAGCAGACUUACUCCGGAAGCAUCUUUAGUGUCAUCUCUCAAUAUGGACUAGGUAGAAAGUGGAUGGAGGAUGCUUUACCUUUAGCACACUGAACUCGUCUGUUUUUAAUAUUCAGUAUACCACUGAUAUCUGCCUGCGUUCUCUGCUGCUCGUGUUUCUCCCUUCAUAUAUUUCUCUGUGAAAGCCUUGCUGAAUAAAGGUUGGGGGUUCUGUAUACAUGGCAUGUACAAUUCAAGACUUUUUUUUCUGUGCAAAAGACACAAUGGAAAUUGUAAACUGCCAAAUAAAAGAGCCAGUUCUCUACCCA